AUGGAAGGCGGAUUAUCGCUAAGGAAGAUUUGCGGCCAAAAGGAGUGUCCCGAAUACUACAUGUGUUUGGAGCAAGAAUGGCAGUGUGAUCCGUGUUCGAAAUAUUGUGAAAAGUUGUCCGACUACUACGACUAUAAAAUUUGUGAACGGCACUGCCAAG